GCCAGUGGGACCAUCAUAUGUGGGAGUCUGGGGCAACAAGAAGUUUAAAAGCCAUGAUUGAGGUCACAGAAGGUAAAAACAGGCUCCUCUGUGUUUUCAACCAACCUUGUGCAUAAAUCAGGGAGAUGAGUAAGUGAGAAGUGGGCAAAUGAGGGCGUGUAGCGCGUUGUAGUAAGAUAUUCAUGAUGUAGGCUACUACUCCAUAGUAAAGUGGGCGUGGCUUCGUUUGCAGCGGCGGGUUUUGCGUCACUUCAUUCAUUCCCGCGGAACGCCUCCUCGCGCUCCCUCCCGUGCUGACGCGGCUGCGCGUGUUUACGUGAGGCGACUGCUCCCGUUUCCUGGCGGAGAAGAUGGCGGCUCCUGGACCAGGGGAGUAUUUCAGCGUCGGGAGCCAUGUCUCAUGCAUCACCUGCCUGGGGCAGCGCCUGCAAGGAGAGGUCGUCGCUUUUGACUACCCGUCCAAGAUGCUGACUUUGAAAUGUGCCCCGUCCAGCGGUAAACCCAAUCUCAGCGAUGUGGUGCUUGUUAACUUGGCCUACGUGUCUGAGGUGGAUGUCAUCAGUGACCGUGCUGAAACUCCUCCCCCUUUAGCAUCUCUCAAUUUUAACAAGCUUGUGAAUAGAGCAUGGGCGGAAAAGGAAGAGAAGUUGUUGCAAGCUUAUGCAGUUAGUGCUGGUGUAUCUGUAGAGGGCCAACAGCUCUUCCAGACCAUUCAUAAAACCAUCAAAGACUGCAAAUGGCAGGAGAAAAACAUCAUUGUGAUGGAUGAUGUGGUCAUCAGUCCGCCAUACCUAGUGGACAACUGUAAAGGCAAAGAUGGCAGCGCUUUAAGCCACGUGCGGAAAAUAGUCGAGAAACAUUUUCAAGAUAUGGAGAGCCAAAAAUCAGUGCAGCAUUCACAGCAAGCUCAACAAACACAGAAAGACUCUGCUUUAUCAUCAUGAGCCCAGGCUCAGAGAGAGGGAACAUUAUGCUGACAAAGGAAGUGUUGUUUGUUUUAAAUUAAUAUUUUCUGAUGCUUUUUUUUUUUUAAACCAGUCACCAUACAAAGGUUGAGAUAGCUGAUACUCAGCGUUUUGAGCAGGGAUGACGGUCCUACACAUCUGAAGAGAAAAUCUGCUUCCACUGACAAAAGAGAGGGCAAAAAUAGAGUGCCGUCUUAGGAAAUCAUUUCAUAUAGACAACAUUUGACAUCCCUUCCAACAUCACUCCUCCCAAUCCCAUUCUGUUUGAUAUCCUUGUUUUUUUCCUCCCGUCAUCAAAUAACCCACUUGUUCAUUUCAUCUUGCUUGGAUGGCCAACAAAGAAAUCACAUUUUCUCCUCUAAUCCAUAAUCUUCCUUUCUACCACUACAAAAUGUGGCACUAAGUGUGUGAGGGUAGAACAAAAACUAUUUUCCUAACUUCUAAAGCCUUUCAGACUGGAUAAAUACUCUUAGCGCACAUGCAGGGUUUGUUUUUUAUUGGUUAUUUUUAGUUUUAGAUUGACUGAGGCCUGAAGGAGGAGUAUGUGAAAUUGAAUUGCACUUAGCAUCUACCCAACAUCUCAUUUUCCCAAACAUUUUUUUUUAAUAUAAAACUCCAUUGUUUUACUUUUAAAUGUCACUUUUUAAGUGACAGACGAAGGAGUAACACUCUUGAGUACUGUACGCAUCCUUUCAGUUUACGUGUAAUAUAUUAUGCUUUCUUCCAUAAUGGUCCUGUACUUGCCAUUUUGAAUGCCUCUUCCACAGUGGGACCAUUUUCUAUGAUGCAAUGUUUGUAGUAUUGUUCAAUUUCCGAACACAUCCAAACUGGAA